AUGGUUCGCGGCGCAGACUUCGACAACGGUGUCCCCCAGAGCGACAACCCCAUUGAGAACGGUCCCAACAAGGCCCACGGAACCGGCGACGCUCCCGCCGACCUCAGCCGCUCCCACAAGGCUGCCCCCAUGCCCGAAGAAACUGGCUCUGGCCGUGACGUCUUCCCCGGCCAGGCUAGCGGUGGCUAUGAAAACACCUCUGGUUCAGGAAAGGGUGGCCAUGAGCCCAAGUCCACCGGUGAACAGAAGGGCCACGGUGCUCUGCCCGGUCAAUAA